AUGUCAUUUUCUGGAACAAAAAAGAGCCCAUUAAUUUCUGUACCAUUCCUUAAAAAACGAUUGCGACGUAUAACUGCUUUAGGUUUUCAUAAUUUAACAGUAAAUGAAUUUUAUUUUACUAUUCAUUUUACAUUACAUCGAAAUGAAAAUACUAUUGCUUUUUAUACAAGUGAAUCAAUUGUGAAUCAACGUAGUCCAGAAUGGUCUUAUUUAAAUUUUCCAACUAAUGUGCAAUGUUUACAAGACUUUUUCAUGCGUGUAUGGAUAACAUCUUCAAAUCAUUCUCAUUUAUUUCUUGAAUAUGAUAUUCAUCUUGAUGAUUCACUUAUUCCUGAUGAACAGAAAAAUGAAGUUAAUAAAGAUAAUAAUAGUCUUUGGCUUGAAAUGUUUGGUUAUCGAUUUACUGAUACUAAUGAAGAAAAUAAUAUUCAAGAGAAUGAUACAAAAAUCUUAUUAAUAGAUAAGAAAAAACGUAUUUCAUUUACUAAAUCAUAUAAUAAAUUAAGUAUAAUACGUAUGAAUAAUAUUAUUCAUGCAAUUCGUACUGAAAAACAAGCAUCAUUAGUAUAUCUACAACGAUUACAAACAUUUUUCGAUGCAAAUAAAGAUUAUUUAUCAAAAAUAAAAGAACGUGAAUCACGUCAAUUACAUAUUGAAAAUUUAAAAAAAUAUUUACACUUUCAAACAUAUUUAUAUCAACAACGUUUAAAUGUUUAUCAACAAAAACAAAAAAAUAUUGAAGACAGAAAAAAUCAAUUAAAUCAAAAUUUAUCACAAUUAAUUAUUCAACAAGAAGUUAUUCAUUUAUAUCAUAAUAAUUUAAAUCAAUCAAGAGCUAUUCUUCAUAAAUUAAUACAAAUAAUCUCUUAUCGACAAAAAAAAAUCAUGAAUGAAAUCUAUCAUUAUAUUUAUCCAAUUGAUAAUAAUAAUCAAAAUGAAUAUUAUAUAGCAAAUAUUAAAUUACCACAAGCAGAUGAUAAAAUCUAUCAAUCAACAUUAUUUCGAGAACAUGAUCAUGAAAUAGCAGCAGCUGUUGGAUAUUGUUCACAUUUAAUUCUUAUUAUUUCACAACUUAUUCAAUUACCAUUGAGAUUUCCUAUUGAUUAUUAUGGAACAUCAGUAAUUAAAAUAUAUGAUUAUAGUUUAGAAAUGAAUGAAUAUCCUCUGUAUCCGACAAGUAAUCUAAGUGCUUUUCGAUAUGGUUUCUAUUUAUUAAAUCGAAAUAUUGGUCAAAUGAUGUAUCACUGUCGAAUAGCUGAUCGUAAUACAGAUAUUCGUAAUACAUUAGAAAAUAUAAAAGAAUUAAUUGAACAAUAUUUUAUUAAUUCAACUAAUAAUAAUAAGCAUUAUCAAAAUGAUUUAAGUUUAUGUGUAAGUUUUAUUUAA